AUGAACUCCGUCGGCAUGUCCCAAGCGCCCACCACCACCGCCGCCGACCCGUCCGGUCCACGUUCUCGCGGCUUCAGCUUCAAGAGCGACCGCAGUGGCGCCUCCAAGGGCUCCAAGCCGAAAGAGGACCCGGCGGAAUCGUCGUGGGACAAGCACCGCCGGGACACCUACUUGCAGUCCAGCAAGGCUAACCCCAAUGCUGCCCUGACCGAAGUCCAACCCGCUGUGGCCAACCUGCUCGAAGAAGCCACCAUCCAGUCGUUGCGCGGCGUCCAACAUCGCGACUCGCAAGGGAACGUCAUCACCGACCCGGACCUCUCCAACCCCACCCGGCCGCGGUUGGAGCGACCGCUGGACACCAUCCGAUCGUUCGAGCGGGCGGUCGAAAACGGCUAUCGGAGGAAGUCGUCGUACCAGCGAGCAGACUCGUACGAACAGCAGGGCGGAAGUUCGAGGCGGAACAGCUAUCUGGGCAACGGGCACAACUCGGGAGGAUACGACAGCAGCCCCGGGAACAAUCGCCAGUCGCAAGUGGGAGGCUAUUACGGCAACCAAUCGCGAGAUGGGCAAUUGAACAACCCGGGCACGAGCAACGGCUCACGCCUGCGCCAGGGCCCCGGUCCGCGACAGCCCUCGGAGUCGAUGGGCCACGGCCAACCUCCUCGCACGCCCGGCCAACACGCCUACCAGCACUCCCACGACACCACCAACACCCACCAGACCAACGGCUCCGACGCGACCGGCCCGUGGGCGUCCGGCACUGACCCCAGCAGCGACAACAGCUCCGUGGAGCGCAUCUCGAACACCGGCGGCAACAACUACACGUACGCCCCGAACGGAUACGGCCAACCCAACGGCGCCGGCGCGAACGGCUUCCAGGGGUCCAUCCCCGAGGACGGCGCCUACCACAGCCGGCCGCGCGGCGAGGCGCGCAAGCCCAUCGCGCUGGGCAACAGCGCGCACGCGUCGAAACAGCUGCCGCAGACCCCGCGACCCGAACCGGAGAAGAGGAGGAGCUGGCUCCAGCGGACGUUUAGCAAGCGCGAGUCGAACAAUUGA